AUGACAUUUCAUACCUUUAGAGACUUGCCUCCUGAGAUCCGGGCGUUGAUUUGGGCCUUCUCCCUUCCCGAGAGUGAGCCAGAAGUCUGCAUAGCGCAACCCACGGGCGACGCACCGCACUCCUUGGUGGUCUAUACCGCCUUCCCGGUUAUCAUGCACGUUUGUCGCGAGGCCCGCCAGUUUGUGCAGAAUACCCGACUGAGUGGCAUCAACUUUGCGUCUUCAGGGUCGGCCUAUACCACAGCUGGAUGCCCUGUGCCCUUCCGCCCCUUCCGGCCGGAACUUGAUACCCUCUUCUGCCAGAACACGGGCCCUGCCGCACUGGAAGACAUCUCGAGCGAGGACGAUCUCGAACCAAUCCUCCAGGAAACACGUCAUCUCGCCAUCUCGGGCGAAAGAGAGUACAUCAACCUAGUGGCCUGGGUCUUGCUGUUCUACUUUCCCAAACUGGAGGCGUUAUCUGUGGUUGUCGGCGAUCCGUCCCUCGACACUUGUUUUGAGUCCUACUUCGACGCACCAAAUACAAGAUGCAAGCUGCGCAGAAUAUCAGACGAGCAUGCGAGGUCAACAGUUUUGGGGGCGAGGAAACCCGUUGAUCUUGGCGUCGGGGAGCCAAUUUAUAUCUCGGAUUGCAUGGAGCAGUUCACCCGGCAACUCGAAACUCUCAUGAUGGAGUGUUUCGAGGGCAUGGACAGGGUCGUACGGAAGUCGCAUCAGUGGUGGGACAACAAAGCGAAGACUGUCAGGAAGGUCAAAUACCUCACACAAACAUUCGUCGAGUAUGAGGAGGAUGGGCUUUUCAGGCUGAGCGAGUUUGUAGAAUAA